CUCGCUCGCACCAAGAUUCUGUACUGACUUCUUUCAAAAAAAUAAAUUAUACUGGUGCUAUAUAGUGGAGCACGAGCUUACUGGACAGGGUCAGGAGCAGACCACUGUCGUCCUACUGUCUUCACUUGUGUCAUCUCUUGCUCUCUUCUUCUUUUCUUCUCUCCGGCCCAAUCGUCUCAGCGGCUCGGCGGCCAGCUUAGACCCUCGUCAACCCUAGAUAGCUGGAGCAUCUACCAGCAUGUCCAACUGCAUGGACGUCUCGGCCACGCCGUCCCCGGAGCCGCCCCCGCCGACGGCGGCGCUGGACUACGACGCGGCGGUGAUCCUGGCGGCGAUGCUGUGCGCGCUGGUGUGCGCGCUGGGGCUCAACUCCGUGCUCCAGCAGUGCGUGGCGCGGUGCGCCCGCCGCGCCGUGGCCGACCCCGCCGGAUGGGUGGCGCACCGCCGCGCCAACGCCGGGCUCAAGCGCGAGGCCCUCGUCGCGCUGCCCGUCGCCACCUACGCCGGCGAGAAGAAGCAGCAGCAGCAGCACGCGUCCGCCAGCGGCGCCGGGUGCGCCAUCUGCCUGUCGGACUUCGCCGACGGGGAGACCAUCCGGGUGCUCCCCGUGUGCGGCCAUCGGUUCCAUGUGCUCUGCGUCGACAGGUGGCUCACCUCGCGCUGCUCGUGCCCCACGUGCCGGCGCCGCCUCUCCCCUGACCGCGCCGACGCCGGAGAAGGGCAGCACCGCCGCGAACUGCAAGUUUUGAACGCCGUGUGAUGAUAUGAUCCAUCAAUUCGCCUCUUUUUGCGUUGCUUUGGAGUUUAGAUCACUGUCCCGGCGUGCUGCUUUGUAUGUCAGGUUCCGGCCAUGAUGAUGACCUGUUUGAUGGUUUGCUUUGCCAGUCAUCUUGAGAGCUUUUUCAUUUUUGGCAAUAAACGAUCAUCAUGAGUUUUUUCAACAUUACUGUGUAUUCUUUGACAAGUCAUCGAUUUUAAUUUCACAUUUGCUA